GACUGGACGUGGCCCGCCUGUGCCGAAACUCCGGCCUCUGCGUGGACAGGGGCAACACCCACUUCUGCCAUUGCCAGCCUGGCUAUACGGGCAGCUACUGUGAAGAGCAAGUGGAUGAGUGCUCCCCAAACCCAUGCCAGAACGGGGCGACCUGCACGGACUAUCUAGGCGGCUAUUCCUGCGAGUGCGUGGCUGGCUACCAUGGCAGGAAUUGCUCGGAGGAGAUAAAGGAAUGUCUUUCCCACCCCUGCCAGAAUGGCGGCACUUGCAUUGACCUGCUCAACACCUACAAGUGCUCUUGUCCACGCGGAACCCAAG